AUCUAUCAGUUCCACAUGGCGCAUGGUACUUUUUUGGUUCUUCCUUUACUUUCGGUGGAUGAAAUUGGAGUGAAAUUUUUUUUUUUUGUAGUAGAAGUUAGGAUCUGGCAAUUGCAUGAGGCAAAUAUGAAUGCUGGAUCAUUGCAGAAUGAUGAAAUGGCCAGAAAGUUGAAAAUUAACUGUGAAAUGCAUAUGAGUUCAGAGACAGGCUGUUUUUGCAACCCUGGUGCGUGCGCUAAGUUCCUGGGUUUAUCUCAUUUAGAUCUUCUUUCCAACCUUGAGGAUGGACAUGUUUGUUGGGAUGAUGCUGACGUGUUACAUGGAAAACCAACGGGUGCUGUUAGGAUCUCCUUUGGUUAUAUGUCCACAUUUGAGGACGCUGAGAAAUUUCUGACCUUCUUGAUGACUUCUUUUAUUACAAAGACUAUGUUGAAAGUUCUAUAUCCAUCUGAAGCAAAGGCAAAUGCCUUUACUGAUGUAAGAUGGAGACAAUUGGAAGGUGGUGUUCGUUUAAAAUCCAUCACGAUCUAUCCCAUAAAAUCUUGUGGUGGAUUCAGUGUUUCAUGCUGGCCUCUAGUCAACUCUGGAUUAAAAUAUGAUCGUGAAUGGCUUCUCAGAGGAUCAAAUGGUGAAAUUUUGACGCAAAAAAAGGUCCCUAGGUUGUGUCAUAUUCACACAUUUGUCGACCUAGAACAAGAGAGUCUUCAUUUAGAAUCACAAUUUUGCAAAGACGCACUUCAAAUUUCUCUUCAAAAGGAUUUGUCGUCUAGUUUUUUGGAGGAGAUGAAUUUGUAUGGAGAAAGAUAUUUAGUGUAUAUGUAUGGAAAUGAAGUUAACGAGUGGUUCGCUCGAGCCAUUUCACUUCCCUGUACCUUCGUGAGGUGUGCAAGUUCAAUGCAUCGUUCUUGUGUGCGCAAGGCUGACAAUAGACUAGGCAGAGACGUGCAAAGUCAACUAAACUUUACUAAUGAAGCGCAGUUUUUACUGAUAUCUGAAGGGAGCCUUAAUGAUCUCAAUGAUCGGUUAAGAUUGAAUUCUCAGGAAUGUGUUACAGAACAUGGACGGCCACAAAUUGUGGAUUCUAUGAGAUUCCGCCCCAAUCUGGUUAUAUCUGGAGCAGAAGCAUAUGUUGAAGAUAAUUGGGAAACUGUUCAUAUUGGGAAGGCACAGUUCAGUUCAUUAGGUGGAUGCAACCGCUGCCAGAUGAUCAAUAUCGAUCAAGUAAGUGGAGAGGUUCAAAAAUCCAAGGAGCCUCUAGCAACUUUAGCUUCAUAUAGACGAGUGCAGGGGAAGAUUUUGUUUGGUAUUCUACUAAGAUAUGAAAGUCCAGUCUCAGGGGAUGUUGAAGAUGGUUCUGAUGAAGAAGAGCAUUGGCUUGAAGUGGGGCAAAAGGUCUAUUCUUCCCUUAUUAUUAGCUCAGCAAGUCUGCAGAUGGAAAAUAAUCAAACAUUAUGAAUAAACUGAAAUUUUGCAGUUUGGCAGAAUAGGAUUUACAGAGAUUUUGGAGACUCUGUAAAUCAGCUGCAGUAAUGCAAUGAAAAUAAGAUUUUAGAGAGGGUAAUAAGGUUGUGAAAGUAGUUGUGAAAAAUAAGCCUUUACAAUGUGUGGUAUACAGAUUAUUACAUGUAUGCUAUUAUAUGUGACUGGUGUUGUAUAUUUGAUUUCCAAAAUGAGCAUAUAAGACUUAUAUAGAAUUUAAAAA